CCCCCCCCCCCCCCCCCCUCCCGUGUUCAGACCUGCGGAAGAAUCCGGUCUGAGAUAAUCAGCGCGUGACCCGAACCCACCAGCCGACCCUCCAACCAUCCAGUGCUCCUCUCCGGAUCAGCAAACCUUCUGCACCGCUCGUUCCACACACUGAAGUAGCUCCAUGGACGGAUCAUCAUGAGACUCAGGAACCCCCCCCUGUCCUCGCUGCUCCCCCUCCUGCAGCGCCCGCCCCUCCCUCUGCUCCAUCGCUGCUGUCUGUCGACGCUCCUGUACAAUGGCAGCGCGGCAUCCUGCAGACGCCUCAGCACGGAUGGCCCCGCCCCUCAGCCUGUGAUUGGUCAGGACUCUGUGGAGGUGUUAGGCCACUCCUACCGCCGCGAUGACUUCACCAACGUCACGCAGAGGAUCCUGUCCAGAGUCGGACGCAACCUCCACAACCAGCCCCAUCAUCCUCUGUGGCUGAUCAAGGAGCGGAUCAAAGCUCACUUCUACAGUGCUUACGUUGGUCGCGGGGGCAACCCGCUCUUCUCUGUCCAUGACAACCUGAGCCCCGUGGUUACCGUGCAGCAGAACUUCGACAGCUUGCUGAUCCCGCCCGAACACCCCAGCAGGAAGCCAGGAGAUAACUAUUACCUGAACAGGACGACGAUGCUCCGCGCCCACACCUCGGCCCACCAGCGGGAGCUGGUGAGCGCCGGGCUGGACGCCUUUCUGUUGGCCGGAGACGUCUACAGGCGGGACGAGAUCGACGCCAGCCACUAUCCCGUCUUCCACCAGAUGGAGGGCGUCCGACUCUUCUCCAACCACGAGGUGCAGAUCUGA